GUGCCCUAAUGCAGUGGCAGAUUAACAUCCGAUUACGUACCUUGACACCGACAGUCAUGUCGUUGACGUGUGUGAACGUUGUCAUUUAUUACUGAGUCUUACAGGGGUCUGUGCGCCUCCAGUCCGAAGCUCCGCUCCUUGGACCGAAGUUCCCACGUGAUUCACAGAGGCGCAACUUCUUUGGGAAGACUUGCCAUUCGCUUCACCGCGCACCGUGAUUUACAGUCUACGUAAACAUGACCCAGUCUGAGCUACAGGUUUCAGUUACUGAAAGUUUCCCAGCUGCGUCUUUUGGAAAUGUUUCUGCCGCACAAGGCGAAACUUUGGGAAGUAGCUGAUGGAAUCCAGCUCCGUCCGGAGUCGCUGUUGGAGGAGAAGCUGAUCAACUUCACGGAUCAACCGAUGCGAGACGAACUCAGACGCCGCAUUUAAUCACGAUGGACGAAACAUCGCCUACAACUGUGAAUACAAAUAAGUGGAAGGCUUUUUAAGGAGGCAACCGGAGACUUGUGAGAUUGGCAGAAUCUAUUAAGAAGGAGUUGUGUAAAAGCAUAUCCAGGCACAGCUACGUCCAAGAAUGAGGAUCAAAUACACAAUAUGUGUUGUCUUUGUUGUGGCGCUUGUUAUUAUUGAGAAGGAAAACAACAUUAUCUCAAGGGUGUCUGAUAAGCUUGCUAUAAAGCAAGCACCCCAGACGGCUCUACGGCCUAGUGGCUUGCCCCACGUACUGUGGAACCACAAUGGCUCCUUUACCCUGAUGAAUCGGCGCCUGGAAAACUACAGUGAGCACCAAGAUGGAAUGACAAGGAGCAGGAAGCACAUUCUCCUGUUAACCACCACCAGGACGGGCUCCUCAUUCGUAGGCGAGUUUUUCAACCAGCAGGGCGACAACAUGUUUUAUCUGUUUGAGCCGCUGUGGCAUGUGGAGAGGAUGCUGGCGCUGGAGACCAGAGGGACCAACGCCACAGCGGCCGCCAGGGCGUACCGCGACGUGCUCCAGCAACUCUUCCUGUGCGACUUCUCCCUGCUGGAGAGCUUCAUCAGCCCCCUCCCUGUGGACCACAUCACGGCUGCCCUCUUCCGCAGGGAGUCCAGCAGCUCCCUGUGUGAUGAAUCCGUCUGCAGCCCCUUCGUCAAAGGGGUUUUUGAGCGCUACCACUGCAAGGCCAGGCGCUGUGGACCCCUGAACCUGACCGUGGCGUCUGAGUCCUGCCUUCAGAAGGAGCACAGGGCCAUCAAGUCAGUGCGGGUGCGCCAGCUGGAGACCCUUCGUCCUUUGGCUGAGGAUCCACGCCUUGACAUGAAGUUCAUUCAACUGGUGCGAGACCCUCGAGCUGUGCUUGCCUCACGCAUGGUGGCCUUCGCAGCCAAUUACAAGAACUGGAAGCAAUGGGCCAUGGGUGGGGACGUGCCUGCGGAUGAUGAUGAGGUGAGGAAGCUGAAAGGGAACUGUGACAACAUCAGGAUGUCUGCAGCGGUCGGCCUGAGGCAGCCAUCGUGGCUGCGCAGACGUUACAUGCUGGUGCGGUACGAGGACGUGGCACGGUUCCCCGUGAAGAAAGCAAGGGAGAUGUACAAGUUCAUCGGAAUCCCCCUGACCCAACGAGUGAAGUCCUGGAUCCUGAGAAACACCCAGGCCUCCAAAGAGGCCGGCGGCGUUUACUCCACACAGAAAAACUCCUCAGAACAAGUGGAGAAAUGGAGGGACAGCCUGCCUUUCAACAUAGUCCAGGUGGUUCAGAGGGUUUGUGGGCCGACACUGAAGCUUUUUGGUUAUAAAUUUGUAACCAGUGAAAAAAUGUUAACAGACAAGUCUGUCAGCUUGAUUGAAGAUAAAGUGUUUAACUUUUAAUAGGACCUAUUAAAAGAAACACAAAAGCCUGA